GUGAUUAUAUAAUAUAAUAUAAGAGGUGCCACUGUCGGUUUUUCUUGUCGCCUUUUCUUGCACGACUGCUGUCGCUCAGCGGCCUCCGCUAUCGUGGGAGUUAUUUUUGGCACUUCCGUCUGGUCGGGAUGCAGAGCUGUAGCACAAUCGCCCCAGCUGAGGAUGCUGACGUGUCAUCACGUUGGCCUCCUUACGCUUUGCCACGUGGACAUACUCAGCUCGAAGCUGAUCACAGUCAUGGCGGGAAGUCCACCUCCAACUGUGACAACGACAAGGACAUUCCGAGUGUUGUAGGAGAAGAAGGAGAGGGAGAAGGAGGAGAGGGAGGAGGAGGGGGAGGAGAGGGAGGAGGAGGAGGAGGAGGAGGAGGAGGAGAGGGAGGAGGUAAUUUCUUAUCGUCAUCAGCUUUGAUUGCCGUGGGCUCUGGUGCAGAGGUACCUGUUCAAUUGACGCUAACCGAUGUAGAUAUGGAUAAGAGCGCGGGAAAGCGACGAGGUGGGGAAGAAAGACGACAACAAAAAGUGGCGGGAACAGGACAAGAAGCCAUGGCGGGAAAACCCCGACAAAGCAAGAGGAGGGGAAAAAAAGGGGAGAGUUCCUCCCCCUCCCCAUCAUCGUCGCCGUCAUCAUCAUCAUUGCCAUCGCCAGCAAGCUCGUUCCUAGCCGCGGAAGAAUGUCUUCAGAGAUACAAACACGUGUCAAUUGAUCCCGCCGCUUACGUGGACGUUGAUGAUGAUGCGAAUCCGCCGCGCAGUGACGGGGUCGAGGGAAGUGCAGCAGGUGGUGUAAUAGCCGCGCAGUGUCGCGGCUUUCUUCCCGCCAAUGUGCGCCAAGCUUACGAAUCUGUGUCAUAUACAGUCGCCUUUCCCCCCCCCUCCCCCUCCUCCUCCUCCUCCUCCUCUUUCUCCUCCUUCGCGUCUGUCUUUGACCGAUCGCGAAGUCAACGUGGGAGCAUCUCAGGUGAACCAUUCAUGGAGCAGAAGGAAGGGGGCAUGGAGAAGAGGAGGGGGAGGGAGGGUGCUUCUCUCUCUUUCCCUUUGUCUGCUGGAGAUCAACACACAAUGUCCUUUCCUCGACAGAGUGAGGAUCAUCGUGUAAUGGGGGUGGGGGCCGGGGGUACCAAUUUACCACCCUUUACCCCUCACGACCCCUCCAACGACUGCAGUGAUGGGUUUUUCCCUUCGAGCCCGGUGGCGAUGGCCAACCCUCUGAGUGACGAACAGCUGUUGGCUGCUAACAGCGAACUGACCAAACCUCUAAUGAUCGUGGCAGGUGCUGGCACUGGGAAGACCCAGACCAUGGCCAACAGAGUGCUCUAUAUGAUUCAAGAAGGGGUUCUGCCCAGCAAGAUCUUGGCGCUCACUUUCACUAACAAGGCUGCUGUGGAGUUCAAGGAGCGGAUACAGCACGUGUAUUUCAGCCACGCAAGGAGAAGAGCGGCGCCAAAAGUAGAUAUCGGGCGAGUCACCGUAGCCACAUUCCAUGCUCUCGGCGUUAAGUGGGUUGGGCUUCACCACAAGUUGUUGGGGUUCAAGCGCCGACCGGUGAUUUAUUCGACCAAGGCGCAGAAACUUGGGGUCAUCCGAGAGUGCAUUGAGGAGUACCACUUGGAGAACCGGAUGCUGCAAUGCGGGGAGUGGCUCGGACUUCCUUGCAAGUCUACCACCACCUUGCGGGAGGUGAUCACGGCCUUCAAAGAAGCGCACCCGUCUUUGUACGAAGAGUGCGAAAAAGUGGCUAGGGAGAAGACAGGCAGGGAGAAGGAGAAGGAGACGGAGCGGCAAAAGCGGAAAUCGGGGGAAAUGAAGCGGAAGUCGUUGGACUCUGAGCAUGGAGAACAGCCGGAGCAGGCGGACGAAGAAGGGAAGCAGAGGGAGGAAAAGGAGAGGAAGGAGAAGGAGGAGGAUGAGGAGGAGUGCGCGCGGAAACGGAGACAGCAGCCGCAUCACGAAAGCCUUGCACGGCUCUGGGGUGCUCCUGUUGUUUGUGAGGGAGGGGAGGGCAAUUUUGCAAGUUCUGCCGCGCAGAAGGGUAAAACAGGCAGCAGCUUGCAGACAAUGCAGAGGGAAGAUCAACCAGUCCCUCAGUGGCAGGGAAUGGUACGCGAAAGCGGCUCUGGCCAAGCGGCUACGAAGGCAAUGUCGGCUGAGGCCGCCUUCGAAGAGUCCAUAAUUUUUGGGAUAUUUUUGUGUGACAAAAUGUACCAUGUUUUGAAAGGUGUGGAAAUCGAAAAGAUAAUGGCCAUGAAGAGAGAACGGAGAGGCGCAGAAGCAGACACAGACACAGACGCAGAUGCAGACGGGGACGAAGGGGGGAAGCAAGUGUCUAAGCUGUCAGAAAGUGGAGAAACAGCUGAGUACUGGGAAGAUAAAGGCAUGGACGUCCUGGAUUACGGACCUGGUUACACUGAGGCUGAGAUAAAUUGGCUUGAGAAAAGACGCCGUGAAAGACAUGCGGAGUCAGAGAAAUCGUCGAACGACAUAGACGCAAGGGACGUGGAGGAUCUUCUCCGAUUCAUUGAACGUGCCAAGACUCGUGGAUUGAACCCUGGGGAGUUUGUGAAGGAGCGGAAGGCUAUAUUUUCGCGGUAUCAGAGGAGGCUGAAAGAGCUUUGCGCGAUCGACUUCGAUGACAUGCUCCAGCUUUUAUUGAAACUGCUGCAAGACCAUACACGAGUCAUGCGAAAGUUCAGAGAACAAUACGAGUACAUUCUUAUUGACGAGUACCAAGACACGAACGCCGUCCAACAAAGUAUAAUCCUUGAGAUAAUGAAAGAGGUCGAUCUCGCAAAGAUUACGGUCGUCGGAGAUGAUGACCAGUCGAUCUAUGGCUUCCGCGGUGCAGAUGCGCGAGCCUUCACCAUCUUUGCCGAACAUUUUCUGCAGCGUAUUGUUCGCCCGCUGCAGAUUAACUACCGGAGCACCGGAAAUAUCCUGACCGUGGCGAGGGAGGUGAUCAAGGACAACGGGGGCCGCGUCAACAAGUGUCUCAAACCGACAAAACCGGACGGCGAGCCUGUUUUGCUGGUGGAGACGCGAACGGAGGAUGAUGAGGCGGAAUGGAUCGCGAAGAAAAUUCAGGAGCUGAGGGCGGAAUCGAAGCAAGAAAAAGUUAACGGCAGUGAGCAGGUCGAUGGAUCGGAAACGGGAGGUGCAAAGAGGAGACCCUACAGCGACUUCGCGAUCCUGAUUAGGAAUAUGAAAUGGGGCAGUCGCGUCUUGAGUAUGCCGUUUCAAAUUGCACUGCAGCGGAAGGGGAUUCCGUUUCGCGUUGUCGGAGGCCAUAACAUUUACGAGAGCGCCGAGGUUCUCGAUGUUCUGAGUUACUUGAAUUUGGCGUUGAAUUCGGAUGAGGACGACGCUUUCCAGCGCGUCUGUAAUAAGCCGCCAAGGGGGCUUCCGUACGACGGGAAAGGCAAGGUGAUGAACACUGUGAUAGGUCUCAGAGCUUCCAUGGAGAACGCUCGCAAAGCGAGGAGUAGUACGGUGCGGGUGAGUUUGAUGGAUGCCUCUCGUGAAGCGUUAAGAAUCGGGGCUUUGAAAACUGGGAAGCAAGCAUCCAGUCUUCGAGCUUUUGUGGAGUUGAUUGACACUCUGCAGGACUUUGUCACCACACAUACGGUAGAGGAGUCGAUCGUCUUUGUUUGCGACAAAAGCUGUUAUGGUAAAUUUGCCCUAGAGUUACAAAAAAAGCAGCGGCGGAAGAAGAGGGAAGAGAAACAGCGGGGAGGGAAGAGUGCGCAAGUGUAUGGUGACGAAGACGAUGAAAUGAUGAGCGAACAGGAUGACGAUGAAGAAGAGGAUGAACAGCAACGGGCAGCUGAUGAUGCACAUCGUGGGCCUGCCCGUCGGAUGACCCUUGUAGAAAAAUCGAGAGAGAUACGAGCACGGGCGUCAGUUGAUGGCGACAAUGGGGAGCUUCCUUCGCAUGGGCAGAAAGGCGACGACAGAGAAGAAGAGAAACAAUCACGCGGACAUGGGAUGAAAGACGGGGGAGAAGAAAAGAAACGAUCAUACGGAAGCAAAGUUGACUUGCUGAUCAGAGAUGCAAAGAUCUUUGGAGAGUCCUAUCCACUCUAUGGAUCUCCUAAAGAUGGUGAAGUGCCUUCUUUGUAUUGGCUCGCUCAACAAGCUGUUCUUAAGUGGCUUGAUGCUACAAGCGAAUUGGAGGCAAAGAAGAUAAUGAAGCUGAUUCCUGAAAUGAUGCUGAACGAUCUCUAUCGAAGUCGCAGACAAGGAAGACUAGUACUGGCUGACUUCGUUGCAAAGAUUGCGCCGCCGACAGGCACGGUGCCGCGGCCCAUCCAGCACCGUAUCGAGAUAGAGCCUGGCAGUAGAACUCCUAAGGGUGCCGUGUAUAGGAUGUCCCCGCGGGAGUUAGAGGAGCUUCGCAAGCAAUUAGACGAGCUCCUCGAGAAGGGUUGGAUUAGGCCCAGUUCGUCUCCUUUCGGAGCGCCUGUUCUCUUUGUUCCUAAGAAAGAGGGAGACCUGAGAAUGUGCAUAGACUAUAGGGGUCUGAAUGCUAUUACAGUAAAGAAUGAUGAGCCACUGCCUAGGAUCGACGAUCUCUUAGACCGAGUGCAGGGGGCUAAGUAUUUCUCUAAGAUAGACUUAAAGUCCGGAUAUCAUCAGAUAGAGGUACACCCUGAUGAUCAGUAUAAGACAGCCUUCCGGACUAGGUACGGGCAUUAUGAGUUUAUAGUGAUGCCCUUUGGAUUAACCAAUGCGCCAGCAACUUUUCAGCGGUGUAUGAAUGAUUUGUUUAGGCCGUGGUUAGACAGAUUCGUUGUAGUUUAUCUAGAUGACAUCCUAGUGUUUAGUAAGACCCUCGAAGAGCAUCAGGGUCAUCUCAGGCAAGUCUUGGAGAAGCUGAGAGAAGCUAACUUCACGAUCAAUGCAAAAAAGUGCGAUUGGGCGAAGACCCAAGUUUUGUAUCUAGGCCACGUCUUAGACAGAGACGGCGUUAAGCCAGAAGAUAGCAAGAUCGCAGCGAUUAGAGAUUGGCCCACGCCACGUACGCUGACAGAGUUGCGCUCGUUCCUAGGCUUAGCGAAUUACUACAGGAAGUUCGUAAGGAACUUCUCCACCAUCGCUGCGCCCCUUCGCAGAUUGCUGAGAAAAGGAUUGCUGAGAAAAGAGACAAUCUGGAAGUGGGACAAGGACUGCACGUUCGCCAUGAAGAAGCUAAAGCAGGCGUUGAUAGAGUAUCCGGUCCUUAAGGUCACCGAUCCGUCCUUGCCUUUUGUUGUUACUACGGAUGCUAGCCAGUACGGCAUAGGCGCAGUGUUACAGCAAGACGAUGGCAAUGGCUAUAGACCCGUAGAGUUCAUGUCCGCUAGGAUGCCUUCAAAGAAGGUUGCGACAUCUACCUAUGAGAGGGAACUCUAUGCUCUCAGGCAAGCAUUAGACCACUGGAAGCACUACUUACUUGGGAGGCACUUCAAAGUCUAUUCGGACCAUGAAACGUUACGGUGGUUAAAGACCCAUGCCAAGAUGACACCUAAGUUUACUAGGUGGGCCGCAGAGAUAGAUCAGUACGACUUCAAGCUCAAGCCUGUCAAAGGGAAGUACAAUGUAGUCGCGGAUGCUUUGAGUAGAAUAGCUGAUUACUUUGGGGCAAUAAUACUUUACCUCGAUAUAGGAAAGGAUCUGCAGCAGAAGGUUAGAGAAGCCUACGCGCAGGACCCUAUCUAUAGUGAGCUCCUCACGCGAGUCAAGGAGGCCCCAGAGAUCGAGCCGAACUACUGCACUACUGGAGGGUUACUCUUCGAGAAGACUAAUGUCUUUGACCGGUUGUGCAUCCCCAAUAGUGAAGAGAUCCGUAGUCUGAUUAUGGGGGAAUGUCACGACACAGAGGGUCAUUUCGGUUGGCAAAAGACUUUGGCCAAUCUGAUGCGCGCGUAUACCUGGCCAGGGAUGAAGAAUGACUGCGUAGAGUAUGUUCGCAGUUGCAAAGUCUGCCAGCGUAAUAAGAGUUCUACGCGCGUCCCGCUAGGUCUUCUCAGACCCUUGCCCAUUCCGGAUCAGCCGGGAGACUCAGUGUCAAUAGAUUUCAUGGACACUCAAGUCAAGAGCAGGCAUGGCAAGAGCCAAGUCAUGGUCAUAGUUGACCGCUUUAGCAAGUACGCAGUUUUUGUUCCUUYGCCUUCUGAGGCGCGUACUGAUUUAGUCAUACAGAGGGUAAUCCAGAGUGCGAACAUACCACAUCAGCGUGUGCUGAUGUCGACGGAACGGGACACCGGGGCACUGCCACGACGCAGUGCCAGGCUCGCAGUUCGUAGCCGUUCUGUGGUACCUCCACGACCGAAGUAUCAGCAACAGCGACUCAGCAAGCGGACGACUCCAGCGGCAUCAAGUACAGCUACGGCAGUACCAGUUACCACCGGGGCUCUUCCCGCAUGUCCGGUCCAAGGGGCCAAUGAGCCGUUGGCUGCUUACCUUCAGCGAGUACAGGCAUUUACGGAUGCCGUAGCUACCGCAAAGGCACAACAGGAGGCAACAGAGGCGGAACGUCAGCGGCUGGCCAGUGAGGCGGCAGCCCAAGCUCAGCGGAUUGCUGAGGCUGACACCGUGGAGACAAGCGGAACGCCAUCAGCAUGGACAGCGCCAGGCUGCACGACUGACACGGCGAAACAGCUCAACGAGCGCAUCGACCAUGUCGUCAGUUUAAUCGGCGAACUAUGUGAUUUCACCAGUCCGACUACGAUCAGCAGCACGGUGGCCGCCAUCAAGACGGACAUCACCAAGCUGCAGUCGCAACCGGCAACAGCUGCGAAGGUAUACAAGAUGCCACGCUUCAACAUCGGCAAGUUCAAGGACUACAACAAGACCGACGCUUUGACAUGGUGGCAAGCCUUCCUCACGGAAGCGUCCUGCCACAAGGUCCCAACCGAAGACAUGAUGAAGGCAAUAUACCUCCAACUCAUUGGAGGUGCGCAGGUAUGGAUGAACCACCUCGCAGUUAACAAGAAAACCACUAUCGCCGAGCUACACAAACACCUCUUGGACGAGUAUAGAGACGUCUUCGAGGCUCCCAYCGGAACGGUUCCGGAUCGGCCCAUACGUCACGGGAUCACUCUCGAGGCUGGUGCCGUCCCUCCGCGUGGAUGUAUUUACCGCAUGAGCGAAGAGGAACUCGAGGUGCUUCACGCACAACUCGAUGACCUUCUCGACAAGGGCUGGAUUCGCCCUAGUUGUUCGCCUUACGGUGCCCCUGUUCUCUUUGUCUGGAAGAAGAACAAAGAUCUACGGUUAUGCAUUGAUUAUCGGAAACUAAACGCACAAACUCUAAAGAACGCCGGCCCUCUCCCUCGGAUUGAUGAUCUCCUCGAGCGGCAAGGCGGCACGACAUACUUCUCGAAGUUGGACUUGAACGUCUUCAUCUACCUCGAUGACAUCUUGGUUUAUAGCAGGACGUUGGACGAGCACAUCGUACACCUUCGCGUUGUUUUGGAUCGUUUGCGAGUGGCCAAGUACAAAGCGAAUCUCGACAAGUGCGAGUUCGCCAAGCAGGAGCUUGAGUACUUGGGUGACUAUGUUACGCCGAAAGGCAUUCGUCCCUUAGCGGACAAGAUCCAAGCCAUCGUGGAUUGGCUGGAACCCCGUUGCACGACGGAUGUACGCUCUUUCAUGGGUUUGGCUGGAUAUUAUCAGCGAUUCGUCGAGUCAUACUCGAAAGUGGCCACCCCUUCGUCGAGACUUCAGUCCCCAACGGUGCCCUUCGAGUUCGACGACGCAGCCCGUGGCGCGUUGACUACGUUGAAGGCAGUGAUGCAAGCCGCACCUGCCCUCCGUAUAUACGACCCCACCCUUCCCACCCAAGUGACUACGGACGCUUCGGGAUACGGUAUUGGUGCGGUGUUGGAACAGUGUCACGAGGACGGUUGGCAUCUGGUCGAGUACUUCUCCCAAAAGGUGCCUCUCGUCAACACUAUCGACGACGCUAGGAAGAAAGAGCUACUCGCGUUCGUCACCGUUCUCAAACGGUGUUGCCACUUUCUUCUCGGUCGUCGACUGCACCGGGUCUUCCACGCGUCAAAGCUGGCCAUCUACACGCCACUUCCCGCGGACGAGUUUCCCGGCCGUCGAUCACAGGAUCCGCCUUCUAUGGACGAACAUCAGGAAGUGGACCAAGUCAUCACGCACCGCAAGUAUGGCAACAAGCCAAUGCAGUUCAAAGUCACAUUCAAGCAAUGUGCGCCUGACGACACUCGGUGGAUCUCUAGUGCAGACUUGCAGACUUCUGCACCCCUUAUCUUCGCCGACUAUGAGAAGCGACGCCUUGCCAAGGAAGCAGCUCGUCCCGCCCGACCCGCCCCGUGGCCAGUUGUGUUUCUUGCUCGUUGGAAUGAAGGUUUCCUGCCCUCACAGUUUCGAGAUAAGAAUGAUCCCGAUCUGCCAAGUAGAAAGCCUGAAGAGGAAGAGGAGGAGGAGAGGAGACUAGCACAUGUGGCGAUAACUCGUGCAAUGGAAAGAUUGUUCAUCAGCUACAUAACAGAAUCCAGGCGAUACAACGGUUCCCAUCAGCAAGAGUACGUGUCACCAAUACAACUGCCAGAGGAUUCCGGAGUGUUGCGGCGGUUGUCCGUGUUAAUGCAUGAAGAGGACUGGUCUGAAGAGCAGCCACCAGAUGAGUUGGCGGGGGAGUGGUCGUCAAUGGCGCAUCUGACUGGGUUUGGGUCCUUUAUGAGGGCAUCUCAGGUGCCGGCAAAUCCCGCCCACUUCGCUCAUCGUCAUGCAGACAUGGAUGGUAUGUUGAUGCAAUUCUAAAAAUAGCGCGAACAAGAUAGGAAAAGUUGUGAACAGAGUCAACAGAUUCUUGUUGAGAGGAGAGACUGUUCGGUUGCUCAGGAUUGGGCCACCUCUUCUUCGCCGGGCACCUGUUCUCCGUCUUUGCGCUAUUGCCCUUCCAGUCUCUGAUUAUCUCGUCCGCAAGACUGGGCCCAUUUUGAUGGCGAGUGAUUGCAACCAUAGGUUCAUGAGACCGGCACCAAGUCUCCACUGCGUAGGUCAUUUACGGGUGAGCGUAGAUCAGGAUCAUGUC